AUGCAUCAAGUUCCUAAUGAAACAAUGAAGCGUUUUUCUAUUUCAUCUUCAUCAAUGCCAGUAAGACCGUCAACAAAGAAUAGAGUUGUACAUGAUCUUCUUUGGAUAAGUAAACAACAACAACAGCAUCCAUCAAUAAACGCACAUCCAUUAAAAAAUACUAUACGAAUUAAUUCACGUGGUGUACGUUUUAAAUUUGAUGGCAAACAAUGGCGACCAUUAUGUCAAUCAUCCGAUGGAUAUGAAUGUCGAAAUUUAGCUUUUCGAUCUUCACUUUGUCAAAAACAUUUCUAUAAAGUACAUCUAAUUAAACGACCAUAUGCUCAAAAAAGUUCAACACCAUCACAGUUUUCAGACAUUCCACCAAUUUCAUUAAAACGUCCAUUACCGUCAGAAUAUGAGAAACAUCAUCAUUUUGAACAUCAUAAAUCAAAGGAAGAUAAUGAUGAAUUAGAAGAAAAUUAUGAAAAUGAUGAUAAUUCAAUUGAAGUUAUUGAAAAUCAUGACGCAAUAGUGAGCAAACAAGAAACCAGUCAUUCACGUUCAGAAUAUAGUUUUUUUACAAUUGAUUGUGAUCCUCAAACAGUUACCGAUGUAUCAAUAAUCAAUCAAGUCAAAUCAGAACUGUCAACAACACCAUAUAUUAGUCGAACAGAAGUAUUAACGAAAUAUUCUGAUUCAAUCAAUACUGAAUCAUCUAUAUCGAAUGAAUCUGAAUCAUCGAAUUUAAAUAUAUCUAUUCCAAAAAUAAUCGAAACAAUACGUUCAGAUAUUCCACCAUUAACACGUACAGAAGAGAAAUCUUUAGCUAAUGAAUUAAUCUCACAAUUACCAGCUGAUGUACCAUUAUUAGUAGGAGAACAAAUGAUACGUCGUCGAGUUUGUGAAAUAGUUUUUGAUAAUUAUUCUCAAAAACUUUCAGUAGGAAAUAUUUCAUCUGAAUGGUUUUAUGAUUUUCUAUUACGUAAUCCACGUAUACCAAUACAUUUUCAAACUUGGUUUUCUUCAGUUAAAUCAAUAUUACCAUUAUCAGAUCAAUUAAUAGAUAUUAAACUAUGGGAACUUGGACUUAUAACAAGAUCAGUUAUAUCAUCAUCUUCAAUUUCAACUUCGUCUUCAUCGUCACCCUAG